AAUACACAUGACUAAAUAUGCAAUAAAAAAAGCCCCAAGUCGACUGAUAUGCAAUAAGGCAUUUCACCACGGCACCUGCGCAUAUAAUGGUGGAUAGCCUGUGGAACGUCCUUAUCUUAUCGUGCGAGGGGCCAGCCGAGAGAUACACGCGCAUUUAUUGACAGCAAACAGAAGCCAAGCUACGGACAUGUCCGAAUCGGGAAUCAAGAAGUUGAGCCAGGAGCGGACUCGAGAAUGGCUGGCCAGUCAGGAGGACGAGGAACUGGAGUCCAUUGCAGAGUCCUCGGUUGUGGACAGCUUGGACUACGAUUAUACCGAGGAAGAGGACGAUACCGAUCAAAAUACCAGCGAAGAAAUCAGCACCAUGACACUAGGCACUCAAAUCGCUACCAAAAAGCACUCGAUCAUUAGCGACACCAUAAGGGACCUUAUGAACUCGAUCAACAGCAUUCAGACUUUGGGCAACGUUAAUAUAAGCAACUCCACGAACGUCCAUAUUGGCAAUGUUACCAAUAUCAAUGGAAAUAUACAAAUCAUAGCCGAUGGCCUUACCCAAAACAGAAGAGAUCGGCGGCACGUUUCGCCACCGAGAGAUAGCGCUCCCAAAACUCCGACACAUUUCGAAGACGACUAUCAGGACGAGUCGGAGGAGAGGGUGUGCUCGGAUGUGUUUAUCAGGCGCCAGAAAUUUAAAAUACCCAAGGAGCUGUGUGCCAUCAUUCCGCGCUCUUCCUGGCUAGCACAGAAGCCCAUGGACGAGCCAAUGUCCUUGCAGCUGCCUGUUAAAUAUGUGGUUAUCUUACACACAGCUACAGAAAGUUCAGAAAAGCGUGCGAUUAACGUAAGACUUAUCCGUGAUAUGCAGUGCUUCCACAUUGAGUCGCGGGGAUGGAAUGACAUUGCGUACAACUUCCUGGUCGGCUGUGAUGGCAACAUCUACGAGGGACGCGGCUGGCAAACGGUGGGCGCCCACACUCUGGGUUACAAUAGGAUCUCGCUGGGCAUCAGUUUCAUUGGAUGCUUCAUGAAAGAGCUCCCGACGGCUGACGCCUUGAAUAUGUGCCGCAAUCUGUUGGCCCGCGGCGUUGAGGAUGGCCACAUAUCCACCGACUAUAGAUUAGUUUGUCACUGCCAGUGCAAUUCGACGGAGAGUCCUGGCCGGCGAUUGUACGAGGAGAUACAGACAUGGCCCCACUUUUACCAUAUCGAGGAGGAGGAACAAUGAAGGACAAAAGGAAUGCACCAUUUCACAUACAUGACUUAAAUGCACCCGAGUUAGGUUUAUAAUGUUGAACAUUAAAUCACCUACUUUGGUAUAGUUUUAAUGCAGUUUCUGAAAGGUGGAAAAACCACAAGAUGUUUCGGAACCAACAUCGCCUACCUGUUUUAACUCACAACUGAAAGAGAAGCAACAAUUAUACUGCACAAAUAUGAGCGAGGUAGCACCACAUAAAUACACACAUACAGUAAUGCAUUGGCUGAAAACAAUCUAUAAUUAAACAAAAAAUUGCGUAAAAA